AUCAUCAUGGCUGCAGUGGAUCGUUUCUACCUCUUGUACAGAGAGAUCAGUCGUUCCUGCAGUUUUUACAUAGAGGCCCUGGCUAUAGUUGGAGCUUGGUACACAGUCAGAAAGUGUGUCUCUCUUGCAUUUGACACUUACAGCAUGCUUAGGUUGCAUUUAAUUCCAAAGCUGGGAGGCCAGAUUGAUCUUGUCAAGCAGUAUGGAAGAUGGGCCGUGGUCACUGGUAGCACAGAUGGUAUUGGGAAGGCAUACGCUGAAGAACUGGCGAAGCGUGGUGUCAACAUCAUCUUAAUCAGCCGAAACAAAGAGAAGCUGGAGGCUGUAUCUAGAAGCAUAUCUGAAACCUAUAAAGUGGAAACAGAUUUCAUAGUAGCUGACUUUAGCAAGGGGCGUGAGGUUUACCCAGCUAUUAAGGAGGCUCUGAAAGACAGAGAAAUUGGCAUUUUGGUGAAUAAUGUAGGAAUGUUUUAUCCCUACCCGGACUAUUUUACCAACUUCUCUGAGGAUAUGCUGUGGGACAUGAUCAACAUAAAUAUUGCUUCUGCUAACAUGAUGAUGCAUAUUGUGCUGCCGGGCAUGGUAGAGAAGAAGAAAGGGGCAAUUGUGAAUGUUUCUUCUGCAACCUGUUGUCAGCCGACACCAAUGAUGACAAUCUAUGGAGCCUCUAAAACCUACCUGGACUAUUUCAGUAGAGCACUACAUUAUGAGUAUGCCUCUAAAGGAAUUUUUGUUCAGAGUUUAACCCCAUUUGUAAUUGCUACAAAAAUGGCAGCAUGCAGCAUCACCACAUCAGGAAGGUCUUUCUUUAUUCCUUCUGCUGAAGAAUAUGCAAGUCAUGCUAUUUCUACUCUUGGGUUAUCCACAAGGACUACUGGUUACUGGAAGCAUGCAAUAAAGUUCACGCUGGGUGAGCGCCUACCUGAAUGGACCUGGGCAUGGUUUGCAAUGUGUUUUUGCAGAAUUGUACGCAAGGAAGCUUUAACAUGCAAAGUGAAAUAGGAGUAUCCAGAUGUCCUGCGUAACGAGUACU